GAACUAAGGCUGGACGAAAGUCUUUAAAAUGGACAUAGGCAGCAGGAAGUCGAGCUGUUGUUUGCCCAAAAGGGAAAGGGGAAAAGUCAUCUGGAUUUUGCGUCCCUGAAACUAUCACACUCACUGGGGGAGAUAAAAAAAAAUUAGUCCGGACAUGGCACACAACUCAACAAACAAUGUACAGAUAUUCAACAAACCCAGGGUGGAGCUUCAUCUUCAUCUUGAUGGGGCUAUAAAACCUGAGACAAUUUUAUACUUUGGCAAAAAACGAGGUAUCAAAUUGCCAGCAGACUCGGUAGAAGGUCUUAUGAGCUACGUUGGAUAUGAUGAACCCCGUAACCUCACUGAAUUUCUUGAAAUAUUUAGCUAUUACAUGCCAGCUAUUGCCAGUGGAGACAGAGAUGCUGUGAGAAGAAUAGCCUAUGAGCUUGUGGAAAUGAAAGCAAAAGAGGGUGUUAUAUAUUUUGAAGCAAGAUACAGUCCUCACCUAUUUGCCAACUCCAAUGUUAUUCCCAUUCCUUGGAACCAAAAGCCAGGGGACCUGACUCCAGAUGAAGUAGUUCAUCUUGUCAACCAGGGUUUCCAGGAAGGAGAAAAACAUUUUAAAAUCAAAGCAAGGUCCAUUCUUUGCUGCAUGCGUCAUAUACCAGGAUGGUCUACUGAAAUUGUGAGCCUGUGUAAGAAGUAUCGCAAUGAAGGUGUUGUGGGUAUGGACUUGGCAGGUGAUGAGUCUUUAAACUGUAAACUCAACUCAGGUCAUUGCACUGCCUAUGAGGAGGCUUUUAAGAGUGGCAUCCAUCGAACUGUACAUGCAGGUGAAGUUGGACCUUCUACAGUGGUCAAAGAGGCUGUCGAUGUUUUGAAAGCUGAACGAAUUGGACAUGGGUAUCACACAAUUGACGAUUUUUGUCUCUACAAGCGUUUGUUAAAACUGAAUAUACAUUUUGAGAUAUGCCCCUGGUCUAGCUAUCUCACUGGAGCUUGUGACCCAGAUUUAAUGAAGCAUCCAGCUAUUAGGUUUAGAGAAGACAAAGCAAAUUAUUCUCUGAAUACUGAUGAUCCAUUGAUAUUCAAAUCUACGCUAGAUAAGGAUUAUUGUAUUGCCUCAAAAUACAUGGGUUUCACAGAAGAUGAUUUCAUGGAAGCGAAUAUUAAUGGAGCUAGAUCCUGCUUUCUCCCUGAUAAAGAAAAAGAAGAACUUUUGUUGACGCUGUAUGAGGCUUAUGGAAUGGUGCAGAGCACUGUAUGUUAAACAGCUCCUGGUAAAUCACCCAUACAAAUGGGAAAUCGGUCUUCAAAGUGACUGUGUAAUGUAUAUAAUUACAGACAGAAAUUGAAACUAUUUGUGAAUAUCACCAAUAACUGUUCAAUUUGUGACUAUUGUGUAAUGCAACUCUCUUUGUUUCCUUAUGAGGAGAAUGCAAUGUUGCCUAAAUUGACUUCAUGAUUUCAACAAUUUUCAAGCUCUUUCCAAUCAAAAACGUGACUUCAUUUUGUUUACAAUGUCCAAAUUUAUUUAGAUAAUAUUUUAAGAGAAUUAUUUAAGAUGCACAGAGCAUUGUUCUACGUGAAAGCAGAAUUUAUGAAACAUUUAAUUUAGCCUGGUACCUCAUUUACAAAUAUUCCAAAGAAUGACUAAAUCAUAGGCAAUAAAAGAUUUUUGAUACACCUUAUUCAUUUGGUUAUCUCUGGUGGCACAACCAGGAUUGUGGGGCAUUUAUUCCUACAUAUCAGAUACCAAUUUAGACACUGUGGAUUUCAUAUCAAUAAGCACAAUAUAACAACAUUGUUACCCAGUUGCAAUGUACGCAAAGAGAAAUUGUUUCUUCAAUUUAAUGACCGUGGAACGUGAUUGGAAAGAGAGAAUCUGGGAGGCUUAACCUUUUCUAUCGGAGGACACAGUUAUUCUGUCAGACUGAAUUCACAUUACUGUUGGAUAUUUGGAAUUGCAUUGAUACUCUAUGUUCAGUAAUUGUUCAAUGUGAUUUCAUUUACAAUCUUAGACUGCAAAAUGAUUAGAUUGUUGUUAUUGGAAAGUGAAGUCAAUGAAUGUUCAUAAAGGAAGACCAAAAGCAGACCUUUCAAUUUGGUGGUUUUAUUACAUUCUUGAUCUGGAUCUUCCAGCAAUUAAAUAUUUGGGUACUUAAA